AUGGAGGGGAGAGGAAAGAUGGAGGGGAGAGGAAAGAUGGAGGGGAGAGGAAAGAUGGAGGGGAGAGGAAAGAUGGAGGGGAGAGGAAAGAUGGAGGGGAGAGGAAAGAUGGAGGGGAGAGGAAAGAUGGAGGGGAGAGGAAAGAUGGAGGGGAGAGGAAAGAUGGAGGGGAGAGGAAAGAUGGAGGGGAGAGGAAAGAUGGAGGGGAGAGGAGAUGGGGGAGAGGAUGGGAGAGAGGAAGUAUGA